GUUGUAUACCAUAUCGCGGAGGAGCGAACCUUGCGCCAGCUUUAUGUCCACAAUGGCAUCAGGUGCGAACAGUGUGGCCAGUGUCCUAUCCUUGGGGUACGCUGGCACUGCAACAACUGCCCGGAUUAUGACUUGUGCUCAGCCUGUGAAUCGCAACCCUUGCACCCAAGGACCCACGUUUUCACGAAGAUCAGGAUUCCUAUCUCCUUCCUGGGGCAAAAUUACCAGGUUCAAGACGUUUCCUACCCUGGUGAAUCAAUGACGCAUUGGCCAGCUCUCAGGAGUUCGCUCAAGAGACAAUUAGCUGUCGAUUCGGGCUUUGAAGAUCUGCAGAUUCAGGUCUUCUACGAUCAAUUUACAUGCAAAGUCAACUCUAACUACCCAGAGGAUCCCAUGCAAAUCGGUUUCGCUGCGGAUCGCCGUGCCUUCAACAAACUCAUGAUAUCCCCUACAUGGACCCGGCCCGUGGAACCGAAUCUUCUCUACGACCGAAUGUUUAAUUUUUACGACACUGACAGUAAUGGACUGAUCGGUUUCAGAGAGUACGUGCUCGGUAUAGCUUACCUUCGUCGACCCGAUAAGCAGAGCUCGUUAGGACGAGUCUUCCUUGGCUACGAUCUUGAUGGUGACGGAUACGUCAGUCGUCGAGACUUCAUCCGUAUGCUCAGCGCCAAGUACGCCAUACAAAAGAGGCUGGUCGAAGACUCGAUUCGCACCGCAGAGUCUGAUAUGGUCACCUACACAGCUAACAUCGUCCAAUCAAGUCAACCCAUCAGCGCAGCCUUCGCACAAGAAGAUGUCCCGCCCGGGCAAACAAGA